GAUAAUUAUUCAGGCGAAACCUCUAAUGAUAAAAGGAGAUUCAAUAAAUGUGAAUUACAAGAGCUUAGUUGAUUCAACAUUGAAAGAAGAUUACGAUCAAAUAGAAAUGGAAAGAAUAAUUUAUUGUGCAGCUGCUAGCCUAUACAGUCCAUCCCCAAAACUUCGGCCAACAAUGGGACAGAUAGUUAGAACUCUUGAAGGAAAAAUGCCACAUAAGGAAUUAUGGGUUGUGGAAGGAACGCAGUCAGCUUCUAAUGAUGAUUAUAAAGCAUAUGAACUGAAGACAUAUAAAUUUUCAGAACUAGCAAAAGCAACUGGCCAUUUCACCAACGGUAGACUCCUCGGCGGCGGGGGCUUUGGUUCUGUCUAUAGGGGAUCCCUUCCGAGAGGGAAAGACGUAGCAAUUAAGAAACUUAACUAUGAGAUCAGUGGACAGGAACAAGAAGAAUUUGAAAAGGAGGUUAAUGCCGUUGGCAUUGUGCGCCAUGGAAAUCUUGUUAAGCUGGUUGGCUACUGCAAUGAAGAUUCUGACAGAUUGCUUGUUUUAGAGUUUGUUACCAACAAAUCCUUGAGAUAUCAUCUAAAUGAUGAACUGCGAAGAUCAAAUUUGAAAUGGUCAGAGAGAAUGAAAAUUGCUAAAGGUUCUGCAAAGGGAUUAGCAUAUCUGCAUGAAGGAUGUAAUUCUAAAAUCAUCCAUCGUGACAUUAAAGCUGAAAAUAUACUUCUUGAUGAAAAUUGUAAGCCAAAGAUUGCAGAUUUUGGACUUGCAAAGUUUUUUCCAAUAACUAAUAGUGUCACUCACAUCAGCUCUCAUUGGAAGGGAACCUACGUCUAUGCAGAUCCAGAAAAUUACAAUACUCAACAAGGUGAAUCUAUUCAACAACUUUCUGACAAAUCAGACGUCUAUUCUUUUGGUGUUGUGCUUCUGGAACUUAUUUCUGGAAGAAAAAUUAACGAUGAACAUAAAGUUGAUAUUGUGAAGUGGGCAAAGCCUUUGAUGAUCAAAGGAGAUUCAGUCGAAAUCAAUUACAGUAGUCUUGUUGAUUCCACAUUGAAAGGACAUUACGACGAAAAAGAAAUAGAAAUAAUGAUUUGUUGUGCUGCUGCUAGUGUAUAUCGACCUGCUAAACUUCGACCAAGAAUGAAACAGAUAGUUGAAGCUCUUGAAGGAAACAUGUCUCCCAGUGAAUUAUGGGCUGUGGAAGAUGUUGAGUCUGGAUCUCGAAAGCCAAAUGAACUGGAACUGGAGCGUCCUUCAUUGCUGAAGAAAUUUGAUUUUGGUUUUCUAGCCAAGGCAGCUGAUAGUUUCUCAGGAAAACACCUUCUUCGACAGCAUGGCUUGUGUCCAGUCUAUGAGGGAGUGCUUCCAGGUAUUGAUCAAAGUAAGGUGGCAAUUAAGAGACUUAUGUACGAGUUCUCUCAACAGAAUAAACAAGAAUUCGAGAAGGAGAUUAUGGCCAUUAGCAAUGUUAAUCAUCGAAAUAUUGUUAAUCUAAUUGGAUACUGCAGUGAUGAGGAAGACAAUAGACUGCUUGUUUUUGAGUUUGUAGCCAACAAUUCCUUGAAAUUUCAUUUACAUGAAAAUGGAGGAUCAACUAUAGACUGGACAAGUAGAAUGGAAAUCGCCAAAGGCUCGGCCAGAGGAUUAAAAUAUAUGCAUGAAGACAGUGGACACAGAAUUUUACAUUUGUAUGUCAAGUCCGAUAACAUUCUUCUUUGUGAUAAAUUUAUACCAAAGCUUGCAGAAUUUGGAAGUGCCAAGAUUUUCCCGGAUUCUGUUACUCAUCUCUCUAUCAGCAAAAUUAUGCAAAAUUCCGGAUAUAUGGCUCCUGAGUAUCAAUCUACUAGCAAGUUGACUGAUAAGCUUGACAUUUAUUCCUUUGGUGUAAUUCUUUUGGAGUUGAUUACCCGGAAACAACCAGUUGGUCAUUUCAGUGGUCACAAGAACAUGGUUAAAUGGGCUAAGCCACUGCUCUCACAAAGUCUGUUGGAAGGAAAGGACAAGUUCGAUUUUGUUGAUAAGAAAUUACAGAAGUACAACACUGAACAAAUGGAUCGAAUGGUUGCCUGUGUUUUAGCUUGUGUAGAUGAUGAUCCACAACGUAGGCCACGAAUGAGUCAGAUACUUGAUGUUCUGGAAGGGAAUAAAAGUUUGGAAGAAACAAUCCUGUUUCUAAAUCUGAACCUCUGAUGACAUCCUUUGAUGGUGUAAAAGACACUCUUUUUGGCUUCUCAUCAGAUUUUUCAUUUCAAGAAUGUGAUUUAGAAUCUUAGAUUUUUUGACUUAGAAGUUAAGAAUUCAGGGGUGUUUGUUAUUUUUACA